AUGGCUCACAACCACCACUUAACGAGUAAAAGCAUAAAAAACAACACAAACAUAUAUAACCAACGCAAUUGGCACCAAAAUCACAAGAGGAACAAUAGCACCAUAGCUAUGUGGACUGCCACAAGCCAACGUCCCAAGCUUGAUCUGCACCACAUUCACCAAUGCCAGCAUCAAGAACACACACCCACUAACGGAACCAGCCGCAGAAAUCAAGUACCCGACCCGAAGCACGUUCUUGUUGACAUGAGCAAGGUCGAGCGAGAAGACAUGGCGGUAAUGGUCCAAUUUGGCGAGUCUAAUGGCCUGUUUGAGAGCCAAAGCAACGAGGCUGGAAAAGAGGAAGGAGCUGAAAGAGUAGACGUGAAAGGCGACAAGGUCCUCGGCAACUUUCGACCCGGCAACGCAAUUCGGGUCGGUGUUAAGGUCGACGAGGCUGUUGUUAUGGUCUGCUGGGUUCCAAGCUAG